AUGCUGCCCCAGCAGUUGCGACCAAAAUGCCUUUCUCCGUCGGUGCUUUUCUUUGCCUUCGGGACGAGUGCGUUGGGCAAGCCCAAGAUUUCUCACACGGCUCCAGAGGUCACGAUUGCCGGAGUGGUUCGGAAGGUUAGAUUGCACAGCAUCGAGCUAUCAGCAAGCAACAUCUACGACAUCCCACCGCAAAUUGUUUUCUCCGAGGUGCUGCCUUUGGGCGCUGAUUUUGGCGACGGGCCACCCCCGGAGGAGCUAGUGCCCUUUGUUCUGGAGGGUGCCGAAGUCCCUGGGAAGUUGAGAUGGGUGAGCUCCAGCAUCGCAAGAUUUGAUCCGUCCGUGGAUUGGCCGACGGAUUUGCAGGCCCUCCGGGUAGUUUUUAACUUGCAAUUACGGAGCGUUAGUGGCAAGCGGUUGCGAACAGCUCCGAAAACGCUUCAUCUCUCGACAAGCCCUCUCGAUUAUUGGGUCCAGGAAGUGCGAUCCAAGCAGCUCAACGAGCUAACGGACGGGCGCUGGAGCUCCGACUUGGAGGCAGCUCGCUUUCAGCCAAAGGGCGCGUUUGAGUGCCCCAGCGACUCGCGCAUCCAAGUGGGCUUCAGUGGUCCCGUGGUCCUCGAAAGGUUCCUGAAAGAGCCAUCCAUGCUGCAGUUGUGGAAUGGCACCUCUGGAGUUGGGGUUCCUGUCAGUGAGAUUGCGCCCUGUGCCGGCGAGGCACCAAAGCCUUUAUUCCUGGAGCUCGGCGAGCCACCAGCAACCUUCGAGUUGCGCUGUUUGGAAUUCAGCCUCCCGGUGAGGCUCUCUACAGGUGGAGCCUACACGGUGAGAAUGAGGCCAGGUUCCAGGUACCAUCCCUAUAGUGGACCACUCCGUCAAGGCGACCAUGGCCUAAAGCUGACGGGCCCUCGACCUUUCCUAUUCAAUUUUUUACCGCAGCGUUGCAGAGACGUUUUUUUCCGACUGUACUUGAGACACGGUUUGAAGGCCGAUGCUCUGCAUAGACUUCACACCGCCAUCUCCAUCACCGCGGCAGAUGGAGAGGUGAUGCAGCAUCGCCUGGAGGUGGCGAAGAAGGCCACGCUCGAAAUGAAGGUUUUAGACCUGCAGCCAGGGCACGAGUACACAGUUCAUGUUCGACCUUCUGUCGAUGUGCUCGACGGCCUCGGUCAGCCAUUGCAAGGCUCGAAUGUAACGCUGAAGAUGGAUCAGCUUCCAGGCUUGUUCCUAACGCCAGAGUCGCGGAAUCCGGGCCUGUGGUCUUCGAGCGUCGCUGAUCGGUUUCUGCCUUCCGAUCUGCCGGAGUUCUUCCCCCUUCUUGCACGGCGUCAUCCACCGGAGCAGCUUGGCAAUGUCGAGCCAACCUCACCCAUGCAGGCAUUUGCAUGCCCGAUUUCCUCAACGGAAGAGCUGAGGGACUUUCUUACCUUCUACUUCUCGCCAGAGAAGGCAGCUUCGUCGAAGCAUGGCCCCUGUGCUGCCAAAGCUGCAGACCGUCCGGGUGUCCUUCUGGCCAGUGGCAAGGAUGUCCAGUUCAACCAGAUACCUGUGGAGUUCAUGCGCUCAAGGCUGCUCUUCCUCGAAUUGGUCUGCAUGGGGCAAGAUGCAGACAUGAGACACUGUGGGAUGCGCAAUCCUGGAAACACAGCGCGUUUCCUGAAUGCGGCGUCAUUCGAGGUCACGGUGGCCUUUGCGAGCCCGCGAGAGGCACCCUAUGCCAGCGAGGAGCCUCAUGCGAUGAUCCUGACAGCGGUGCACGACCUGAACGAUGCAAGCCCAAGACCGGGCUUGGAGGUGACGGUCUGGGAAAUACCAAGCACGCGCUGGAUGAAUGGUCAGAGUGUCCAGCCGCCUGUUAAAAGGAUCGCGACGGAGGUGACGGAUGCUCAUGGCCGCUCAGCCACUUCGCUGCCGCAGGAGAUGCAACGGCCACAUGAAUAUGGCGGCAAGAAGGCAGAGGGAUUGGAGCGCCUGGAGAUUCCGUGGCGGUGCUUGGUGUGGUUGCUGCAGUUGGCACGAUCUGUCCUGGAGGAAAGCCAGGCGCGGACGGUCGCAGAAGAGGACUUAGGCACCUGUGACACAUUGAGCGGAGCCCAUGCUGUGAGCCUGAGCGCAACCUUGGUGUCACUUGGCUAUGACGGCCGCAAUGUGUGGGAUCAGCUGAAGCAUCUCCGAGAGGAUCGGGACAAGCUCAAGGAGGCCGCCGAGAGUGCGCUGCAGGAUGGAGACGAGGGAGGCUUCGAGUUCCAGAACAUGCUCGCCUCCGAAAUCACCGAGAAGAUCGAGGAGCUCGAGGGGAAAUACGGCUCCCAGCCGCCCUUGCCGGGAGCCAGAAACGAGGGGCCCGUGCAGGUCGGUGCGAAGUUGCCGCUGCCCCCUCCGCCACCGGCGCCGGUGGCGUCGGUGGCUUUGGCCAAGCUGCCGGGCAUGCCCGGGGCCCUUCCAGGUGUCGGCAGCCUACCACCUGGCCUCGCGGCGACAAUCCCACCAGGAGUGGCUGCGAAUCUCCCUCCAGGCAUCGCUGCCAACAUUCCGCCUGGGGUCGCAAGUGCCCUGGGCAAGAUGCCGCCGGUACCGGGGGCGCCCCCCAUGCCAGGCUUGGCCCCCGGCUUUGCUGGCGUGCGGCCGCCACCCAUCCCGCUGCCACCGGGCAUGAUGCCGCCGUUGCUUGGGCAGCCGGUGAGUCUCACGCAGCAGCAGGCAAUGGAGUACGAAGAGACGAAGGCUCGAGACACGGCGCUGGAACCGGAGGUCAUCGAGCUUGUGCAUUACUUCAAGAUCUCGGAUCGACAUGCUCGAAUGCUCAACGAACAGCUCAAGCGGCGAAACAACACCUACGAGGAGGACAUCGCAUCCCUCUAUGAGAUCCUGAAGGGGGCCAAGAAUCCAGGAGAUCUGCUGAUGGUCUCCAUUCGGUGGAUGGAGAAGGGUGUGUUCCGCGGCACCCUGACGCCCAAUCCAGCAGUUGAGAAGGCGGCCAAGAAGUACAAGCUGGACGCGCCUUCUGCCUGCAAGUUGGCGGAGGUGCUCGAAUGCCGAGAAGACCCAGAUGCCGACCUCAGGAAGAUCUGUGAGCACCUGGCAGCCUCAAACAAGCCCUCGUCCUUGGUCAUGCAGAUGUUGCGAGAUAUCAAAGCCGGUAAGCCCGUGGAGGCGUGCACACGUGCCCCAGCUAUCGGAAGCUAUCUGCACAAGAAGGAGACGGCGACCAAGCAGAACUCGAAGGGCGGCCGGAGUAGGACGCCAACCCGACGCAGCCCCAGCCGGGAGCGGAGACACCGCAGCCGAGAGCGGCCGCGUGGCCGGAGUCGCAGCCGAGGCGGCCGUGGUGGAGAGCGUGGUGGGGACCGUGGCACCCACCGCGGUGACCGAGGGGAUCGCGGGGGUCCGGAAGAGAAUGGCCGUGGCCGGCAGCGAAGCCGGAGCCGUACGGACCGUCGUGGUGGCCGACGCUACUUGGCAGAAGCGGUUCUGGGGAAUUUCGCGGCGUUACGGGUGAGGAUCGAGCUGUCGAGGAGCAUCCAGGUGAGGCAGCGUGACCUUCCGGGCCUGAGCAGCUUGCAAUGUCCGGCUGCAGCCACUGCACCGCAGAAGCGACAGUUGGCCCGAUAUGCUGCAGUGGCCAUUGAGGAUCUGCCUGCUGCGUCAACGCCUGCGCAGGUCAACAGGUACUGCCUGCAAUAUCCUGCAACUCAGACAUGGAUGCAGGAGAAAAGCGGCACUGCUGGCUGCCGAGAUCAUCUGGGCGCCGAGUUCCAAGAUCUAGGUUUGCACCGUGCACCUUUGGCUCCGCACCCAGCUUUCUGGCCAGUCUCUCCUUUCGGCAUGUUCAGUGCCAACAUUUCGGUGCCCGCGAAUGCAUCCUUUGGCCCAGUGCCAUCGGUGAGUUUGUUCUGGGCACGUGCUGCGACCCCUCAGGUGCUAAACAGCUGCGAGGAAUGGCGGCGACAUCGUAUCCACUAUCGAGAUCCGGUACUCCGAUCCACCCCGUUCGAUGUCCUCGUCGCUGACCCUCGCCCGCCAACUGCCUUCAUCAAGUUCAAGCACUUUCCUGCCUUCUUGCAGCCGGGGCAGCCCUUGCGAGUUGCGCUUUUGCUCGAAACCUACACAGGCAUUCCUCUGCAGAAUCAUGAUGUCAAGAUCGAGAUUUCAAAGACAGUGGAGAACACGUUGCAGCCGCUGCCGGCUCCGGAGAUGUCACAAGCCGAGGAUCGGGGAGAAGAAGAGAGCACGGAGUUUGCCAGAUCGACCAACGCAUCUGGCCUGUGGUCUCAGGAUGUGAUGUUUGGCCCACAGCGUGAAGUAUCUUGGAUCCCGAAGUUGGGAGACGAGCUGACUGUGAAGGCCUCCACACGCGGACCAACAGGUGAGCUUCUGGUACAGUCGCAGAAGCUACCGGUCCGCCUGAGUCCAUACGAGGUGGACAUCAGGACAUCGGCAGGCGUUGGUGGCGCCCAGGGGCCCCUUCCAGGACAAGACUUCACGGCCUGGGUGGAGUUGAAGGCCGCCUUUCCUGACGAGGGCUGGAGCAUCGCAACAGGCCCAGAUGCUGCGAAAGUCUUCCUGGUGCCGGUUUCCGCAGAGGACGGGGAGACGGCGCCGAACGGUGGCAGUUGCAUGGCCUGGGUGCACGCCCAAGAGCAGAAGCAAGCCUUGGCACCCGAGAGGUUUGUGGAUGAAAGGGUUUGUCAGCACCAGAUCUCCUUGAAGUCCCCGGUGGCUUGCCAGUUCAGGAUGCCGGCAGCUGAGAAGUACGUCCUCGUCGCCAAGAUUGAUGUGCGUGGCGAAGCCGGCCUGGAGCUCAUCUACGGCUGCACUUUCAUCGGGCAGACAAGCAGGGAUUGGAGGCGCCGGCCAGUGGGCUCGCCCAACGUGUUCGAUCGCUUCGAGGUGAAGCCAGAGAAGUCUUCGUACGAAAUCGGUGAGACCAUACAUUUGGAGGUGUGGAAUCCCUUGUUCGUGAAGUCACGACUUCUCAUCUUCUGGGGCGAACAGCCCGCUGUUGUCGAUGUCGAGAAUGUGACUCGCUAUCGCAAGGUGUCACUUGGCACGGUUUUGGAUCAGGAUUGCCCCAUGCGUCUGUGCCAGGCUUACGUCUUCGUUUGCAGCACGGAAGAUCCGAGCACAGUCUUGGAGCACGUUCCUCGCUCUAUUCACUAUCCCAAGGCUGCGCCAAUAUGGGCACUUCAGGAGGUGAAGUUCAACAUAUCCCGACCCCGCAACUCCCUGAAGGUUCAGGUGACCCCACAAGCUGCCAGCACAGCUCCCGGCAGCGACAUUGAGAUCGAGGUUCAAGUCGACCAGCGAGGGCAGGCAGAGGUGGCGGUGAUGGUGGUCGACAAGGCUUGGCUGGACCUGCGCCCGUCGAAGCUGCAGGAUCCCUUGAAGGCCUUUGAACCCAACGAAAUCGAAGCGCGGGGGCCAACGUGGCAUGUCGUGACUUCCUUGGAUGGCAUCUCUUCCGGAGAUGCGCUUCAGAAGGCCACCAAGAUAAUCCGACAGCGACUCGAGGAGAACCCAUGGGUGGGCUUCCUGAGCUGGCCGUUCUCCUUGCGCCGCACGGAUCAGUCAGAGCUCGAUGUUGAUGACUACCUGGAACGGUGGGGACAGGAGUUGACCGAGUUCCCCCAUCCCCCCAUGGUUGAAGAGUUCGCUUAUAGGAACGCCGGUGGGCCUUUGAUGAUGGCAAAAGGCAUGGUGGCGCCGAUGGCUCUAAUGGAGAGCGCCCCGGUUCCCGCUGGGGCAAAGGCUUUGGAGGGCGACGAUGCAUACGACGCAGAAGCGGCGACAUCGGAAGCUUCAGGGGCCACUGCCGAGGGCGCUGGAAAGCAGGUGGUGCUCCGCAAGCGAUUCGCCAAGUUGGUCGCCCUGAAUCGGGCGUUGCUUGAACCUGGUGUGAAUUCCUGGAGGACAAGAGUUCGGCUGCCACAGGACUUGUCCACGUACGUGAUUCGAGUUGUCGCCGUGUCACAUGAGGAAGGUGGAUUUUGGUCCUGGGGCUCGGCCGAGUCCUCCGUGCAGACCUCCCAGCUCGUGUAUGGAAAACCUCUGCUGCCAAGGAUCCUGCGCUUCAUGGAUGUUUGCCGCAUGGGUGUGUCGGUCCAGGCUGUCAAAGGCGACUCAUCUCGUCCUUUUCUGGUGGAAGCCGUCAAGGUGCAGAACCUUCGACUCCUAGACGAGGCAUCCCAGAUGAUCACGAUGACCUCGACAUCUGCCGAGGUCCGCUUCACCUUUGCAUCCGACAUCUCCGUCGGUCCUGCAUAUGUUGUCUUCAACAUCAAGGAUGCCGAGACAAAGACCGUCCUAGACUCCGUUGCAGCAAACAUCGAUGUGGAGGUGCAGCAGCAGGGCUUUCGCAUGGCGUCAACCACGACCAUCCGGGCCAAUCCCUCGCAGGGCUCGGUGCGCAAGGAAUCCAUCGCUCCUUUAAGCGCUGUUCCAGGAUCGGGUGACAUGUCAUUUUCGGCAUCUGUUGGCUUUCAGGCUCCAAUUCUUGCAGCAAUACUGGAGUUGGCGCCGCGAUCCUACGAGCAGUGGCAGCCACUGGGAGAAGACAUCCUGGCUUUGCUGCUUGGUGGCCUCAUCAUUCGUGUCGGCUAUGGCCUCGAGGCUGCACAUGAAGGUCUUGCUCGUGCCAUAUCGGCUGCCGAAGAGAGGCUGCCAAGACAAGUCGUCCCAGGGCUUGGCCUGGUGAAUGCGCCACCAGAGCAGCGCUCUUGGCGAGCAGGUGAGCGGCCUGAUCUGCUCCUGAACAGCCUGGCGCUGCUAACACUGCGGGCAGCCCAGGCUCUUGGUCUCGUCCCGGCCAGCUGGGCGCCUUUGGACGGAGGAGUUCUUCUUGAAGCUGCAUUGAAGGCUGUGGAGAAGCAAAGGAAGGAUUGGGCGAGGUGUUGCCAGAGCGACAUGACGCUGGUCAGCUACAUCGGUCAAUGGCAUUUGGCCAUGUUCUUCUUGGCACACCCUCCUGCGCAAUCCAGGCAGGAUCUUCAACCUCUGUGGGAGGAGCUGCUCCGCGCAGCCAUCGAGGGUCCCAAAG